AGCCCGGGCUGUGGAAACGGAGGGUGGGGACACUCUGGCCCGGCUCUCGGUGGUGCAGGAGCAGGAGGUGCAGCGGCCGCUCUGGUCGGCGGACGUGCUGCGGUGCAGUCCCGGAAGCGAAGCAGCGAUGGCGGAGAGUCCGACUGAGGAGGCGGCGACGGCUACGGCGGGUGCCGGGGCGGCGGGCCCUGGGGCAAGCGGCGUUGCUGGUGUUGUUGGCGUUAGCGGUAGCAGCGGCGGAUUCGGGCCGCCUUUCCUGCCGGAUGUGUGGGCGGCGGCGGCGGCAGCGGGCGGGGCCGGGGGGCCUGGGAGCGGCCUGGCUCCGCUGCCCGGGCUCCCGCCCUCGGCCGCUGCUCACGGGGCCGCGCUGCUUAGCCACUGGGACCCCACGCUCAGCUCCGAUUGGGACGGCGAGCGAACCGCGCCGCAGUGUCUACUCCGGAUCAAGCGGGAUAUCAUGUCCAUUUAUAAGGAGCCUCCUCCAGGAAUGUUCGUUGUACCUGAUACUGUUGACAUGACUAAGAUUCAUGCAUUGAUCACAGGCCCAUUUGACACUCCUUAUGAAGGGGGUUUCUUCCUGUUCGUGUUUCGGUGUCCGCCCGACUAUCCCAUCCACCCACCUCGGGUCAAACUGAUGACAACGGGCAAUAACACAGUGAGGUUUAACCCCAACUUCUACCGCAAUGGGAAAGUCUGCUUGAGUAUUCUAGGUACGUGGACUGGCCCUGCCUGGAGCCCAGCCCAGAGCAUCUCUUCUGUGCUCAUCUCCAUCCAGUCCCUGAUGACUGAGAACCCCUAUCACAAUGAGCCUGGCUUUGAACAGGAGAGACAUCCAGGAGACAGCAAAAACUACAAUGAAUGUAUUCGGCACGAGACCAUCAGAGUGGCCGUCUGUGACAUGAUGGAAGGAAAAUGUCCCUGCCCUGAACCCCUACGGGGGGUGAUGGAGAAGUCCUUCCUGGAGUAUUAUGACUUCUAUGAGGUGGCCUGCAAAGAUCGCCUACACCUUCAAGGACAGACUAUGCAGGACCCUUUUGGAGAGAAGCGGGGCCACUUUGACUACCAGUCCCUCUUGAUGCGCCUGGGACUGAUUCGUCAGAAAGUGCUGGAGAGGCUCCAUAAUGAGAACGCCGAAAUGGACUCUGAUAGCAGCUCGUCUGGGACAGAGACAGACCUGCACGGGAGCCUGAGGGUUUAGACCCUGCUCCUUUCUCCCCUCCCCGCCCACUCAAGAGUCCCAGCAAAGUCCCUUCCCCCCACCCCAGGGAUGGAGAGGCACUGUGUAUCUCCCUCCAAACGUGACAUCAUCCUGCAAGAUGGCAAGAAUCAAGAGAGCUCGGAUCCCAGGGUGUGGGAGUGGGGAGGCUGUUCCUCAUCUGACCUCCUUGGCUCCAAGCAACUGGGGCCGUGUUCAUCCCGUAUCAGGGGCCAAGGUACCUAUACAGGAGCACCUAGGGCGAGGGCCUCUGGCAAACAAAACAACCAACACACCUCUCCACAGGGCCAGCUCCUUAGGAAUAGGUGGAAGACAGAAAUUGCAAUUCCAAGAGGGAAUGUGCCCAAAUGGUUUAUGGGGAUAUCUGGAAGGGAGCUUGGGAUGGGGGGCUGUCUGUGACACUUAAGCAGUCUGGGUGGUUGUCUGUCUGUCUUUCUUCAGUCUUGAAGCAGGGCUUCCCAAUGCCGUUUUCCUCCCUGCCCCCCUCCCCCAUCAUUUCCCACAGGCCAGCGUAAUUUUGUUUUUCCUAAUUUAUAGUCACUGUUCUAGACAGACCAAAGAGAAGGAACAGUGGUGGCGUCUUGGCUGCUGAUCAGUAAGCUUUACCUAGCACCUGAGCACCUUUCUCCCCUGUCCCAUUCCUUUACCCUUUUCUAGAUUUAAGAUAGGAUGUAAAAGUGACUGGGACUGAACCAAGGUCUUGGUAAAGCCUGCACAGGCGCCAUAAGAAGCUGAAAAUACUGUUUGUUCCCGCAAUCACUGAUUUGAAAAGUUCCCAACACAGGCAGCUGCUGUGUGGAUGGGAUUAGAGCCACUACAUAGAAUAGCCUCUUACAGAUUUUCAUAAAUACUAGUCACAGGGCAUUUCUCUUGGGGGUAGGGUACAGGGGGGAGACUGAUGCUAGUCCUAUUGUAUUUUGUUUGGCUGUCCUCAUGUUUUUUUUCUACCCCAGCCUGUAGUCCCCCUCCUUACUCCAACCCCCAGGGACUUGUGGGGAACAAGGAUAGCCAGUGGCAGAAGGGGAUUUGGGCUGGGACUCUGGAGACUGCUCCCCUUCUCCCCCCUCACCCUUUUUCCCUUCCAGCUGCUCUUUGUCACUGGCUCUGAUGGGUGUUUGCCUGGCUGUGUUGCUUCUCUGUAUUUAGCUGCAGUGAUCCUUUAGCUGGUUGGCUCAGAAAAAUGUGCUUUAGGUGCCCUGUAAUACUGGGCAUCAAGGGGAUCCAUUCUUCCCGUUUUUGAUGUGUUCUCCCCUGUACUUUCCAGAUUCUUAUUGUGUUAUGGCUCCCAGAGGGGUAUUGGUGAUCCAUGUGACGCAGGGCCUGUCAGUAUCCAGCCGCCUGAAGGGGAGAGGAUAACUUGUACCUGCCCUGCCCGCUGCUAUGAAGGUGUCUGCCUUAUGGAUCAUGGGAUCCCCCUGGGGGAAAUUGGGGUGGGGGUGGGCACAAAGGAGAAUGUCCUACUUGGGAGGGCAGGAAGCAAAGAAACUGGACAGGGAAUGGGCCUGGGAAAUGGAAGUUUAUCUUGGAUACCUGAAGGUUGUGUCUCUUCACACACAUUCUCAAAAAGGGACCCCGCUUCAAACUUCCCUCUUCCAGUCCCAGAGCUAGUCCAGGGCUUAGAAGGACGCCCUUGGUCUGUAGGUCCAGUGUUGUCUGUCAUCCAUUUAAGUGUUCCCACUUUCAAGUGACAAUCCUCUCCUUGGCGCUGCCACGGGCAGAGCAUGUCUGGCAUUGUGGCCUGACUUUUACGCCCUAAUCUUGAGGAAAUAUAUGCACAGGAGUCAAAGAGAUGUCUUUAUAUCUGACUGUACAUAAAUGAAGUUUUUUUUUUUCUUUUUGGUGCAAUAAAGUUUGUUUUGGCAGAAGGAG